AUGGGUGCAGGUGGCCCCGCGUUUCCGACAAUGGAGGGAGACAAGGUACCGAAAGGCUAUGCGGAGACGGCAUGGCAUCCCGAUGACGACAACAGACCUUUCAACGUUGCGUAUGCGGCCGCUACGCAGUCGCGAAAGCUGCGCGAUCAGCCUGGUCCGUCCCUGGAGGAUUCACCCCCCAGACACCAUGACGCCACUCGCGAAGGUCAUUUGCGCGAUACUCGCCCUGUCUCUGCAUUCAUCGGAGGACACUCAUUGCAUCGCUCGGCGGACCACCAGUGGAGUUCCCUGACAGACACGCUCAGUCCUUCUGUCUCUCACCACCAUGCUGCUUCGCGUCCCAUUCAUUCACAAGUCGACGAUUCUGCAGCAAUUGGCAAUUCUACUGCCCGCUCGUCGCGUCCGAUUGGAGUCAGGUUCCGCUCAGAUUCCCAGCCCUCGAACGGCAAGCAUGCCCUCGAAGAUGAUGCGGACUCUGACUACGAGACCUCUGCGAAGAAGAGUCGUAUCGAACGGGAGGAGCCUGCGUCUGGUGACGACGUAGAGUGGCAGGGCAGUCAACCGGAUAUGGAUGUGGACGAGGCACAGCCAGCUCAACGUGGUGCGAAGCGCGUUGCUAGCUCGCACGAAGAUGAUUCGUCUCCCCGUACAGAGCGUCGUGACAAGCGUGCCCGCAAGACCUCUGUGGACAACUCAGGAAGGUCGGCUGAUGAAGGAAUGAACGAGGACGAAGACGAGGAACUACUCGAGAACGCCACCAGAGGAAAGAAGAGGGAUCGCGCCGAGGCUGAUUCUGCAUUCGGUGGAGAUGACUCACUGGUAGAGGAUGACGACAAGCCGCAGCGACGCAGGCGCAGGCGCACUGUACCCUCCACGGAACCCAGUUCAAACCGUGGUCAGAAGCGUAGCCGCGGUGUUGAAUCUGUGGAAAGCGACGGAUCCGGAUCCGAACGUCCGGCUCGUCGAGGAGGCCCUAAGAAGCGGGGCAAACGGUCCCAAACCGGAGCACACUCAAACGACCCGCUGUGCAAGGGCAGGCGUAUUGGUGAAGAGUGGGAAUCCCAUGGUAUUCUUUUCAAGGUCGGUCCGAACGGGCAAAGGCUUCGUCAGGCUCUCGUCAAGAAAUCCAAGUCCAGAUUUUCUAUGCCAAGCGAUUCGCAGCACCCGGACCGACGCGCCAACGUGGAGAUAUACGUCGAAACAUGGCUUACGGACGAAGAGUACAAGACCUCCAAAGAGCGUCAUGAGUUGGACAUCUCUCCCACACCUCCCGAGAUCCAGACCCCCGUGGACCAUUUGGAAUCCCCUUCCAUCGCCGGCAAGAACUUGUUAUGGUCAUCCACCGCAUCUCGCGACGGUACUUCUAAGCGUCCCUUCAGACAGUCUCUCACCGGCAAUGUCGACCCCAAACCUUCUCCAACGAUCUCUGUCCGCCGUGUUUCCGCCGUAUACGACGCCCCCGAGUCCCCUGCCACGGAAAGUCCACAGAUUCAGAAGACCAAGUCGUACACCAAGUGGGAAAAGCAGGAACUUGAAGCGGCUGCGAUGUUGAGGAUCCGUGAGCGAUUACAAGCUGCGAAGAACGCAUCGGUGCCCACCCCCACAUCAAUGCCUGCGCCGUCACCGUUCAUCGGCACCACUCCCUCGACAGGCACGCCCUCCACCACCAAGACUUCAGAGUCGGCGCCUGCGACCACGUCAAAUCCCUUUGCUUUCGGUAUCCCUACCUCUAGCAAGCCCGCUGGUGCGGAGCCGUCGAAGCCCCCGACAUCCUCUGUCGACUUUGCCAAGGCCCCGGCCAACCCGUUCGCUGCGCCUCUAAAGGCCCCAGGUCCUGCGGCUACAUCGUCCGCACCCACACCCUCCGUUCCACAGUCCAGCGGUGCCGUCCCCAGCUUCUUCAGCAAGCCGGCUGCCCCCACUCCAGCCGCCUCCGCGGCACCGGCUGCGCUCCCUCCCGUGAACCCGUUCGCGCCGAAGUCCACAGAAGCCAAACCGGCGGACCCGCCGAAGCCCGCAUCGUCCACUGCACCUACUGGCACUACAUCUAAGCCCACAUCUCAGUCACCCUUUGGUGCUCCUAAUGCGUCCGCAGCCGACGGUCAGAAGCCUGGCACGUCCUUACUGUCACGGUUAGGUAUGGGUCCACCUCCCGCCCAGCCUUCUGUGCCUUCUGUGCCUGCUUCAUCUACAUUCCCGUUCGGCAAACCCGCUGCGUCUGCUCCGGCGGUCUCGACACCCGCUGCACCUGAAGUGAAGCCAACUACCACGACCCCUGCCGGAGCUCCUGCUCCCACGUUGAAGUUCAACUUUGGUGCCCCCAAACAAUCCACUCCCGCCCCGGCUCCAGCCGUUGCAGCCGCUGCGCCAGCGCCGCCCGCUGCUUCGACCGCCACGCCCUCGUUCUUCGGACCUGUGGGCGGAGCACCCAAGCAAGAGGUCCCUGGUCUCAAUAUCUUUGGAGCAGCCAAGAACGCGGACUCGGCGGCGGCGCAGAAGUCUCCGUUCGGCGGAUUCGGUUCCUCCGCUGCCACUCCAAACCCCUUCGGUGCACCCACUUCCACAGCCGCUGGGACGAACGGGUCAACAAAGCCAGCGGAAGCGCCCAAGUCGGUGUUCGGAGGGAGUGCGACGACGAACACGGGAGCCACAUCUUCACCGUUUGGAGGAGCUUCGAGUCCCUCUCCUUUCGGAGUUACCGCCGCGCCUACGGCGUCGCCUUUCGGGGCCACGUCGUCAUCUACCGCAUCCCCGUUCGGCGCCGCCACGAAACCCACGUCGGUAUUUGGCUCUACAACACAGCCGUCAGCAUUCGGAGCAGGAGCAACCACCACUUCGCCUUUUGGUGCGCCUUCGAAGCCUACAGAAACGCCAAAGUCAUCCCUCUUCGGUGCUGCGACGUCCACGCCCUCGCCUUUCAGCUCAGGGGCGCCGAAACAGGAGGAAAAGAAGGACGGUGAUGCACCCAAGCCUCUGUUCAGCUUCGGUGCGCCGUCUUCCACGACGACAACCACGACAACCCCUGCGUUCGGUGCGACUUCGAAGCCUGUGUUUGGGUCGACCACGACCCCCAUCACCACGCCCACAUUUGGGAGUGGGACGGCAGCUACCACAACUCCGGCCUUCGGUAGCGGAUCAUUUGCAACCGCCACCCCUGCAUUUGGUGCGGCUACGACAUCCGCUUUCGGCGGAGGAUCCAAGCCUGCGUCUGCAUUUGGUGCCGCGCCUGCGAGCGGCUCCACAUUCGCGUUCGGCCAAGUGUCUGCACCAACAGCAUUUGGCGCGUCCUCAACCCCCAACCCCAUUGCAACCGGGAGUCCCUUCGGUGCGCCUUCAAACCCGGCCGCGACUGGCGAGAGCAAGCCCACGUUUUCCUUUGGGACUCCUGCGACCAAUGGGACUCCUGCGCCAGCCGCGCAGCCUGCUACAAGCAACCCAACCUUUUCGUUCGGCGCGCCAAGCGGCGUCGGAAGAGUCCACGAUGCUUCCCCACUCAAACCUGCGGAGCAGCACGCCCCGCCGCCCGCCGCCCCCGGCCAAGGCCCGCAAAUCGAGCUCGCUCAACUUUGCGACAAUCCCGCCGCCGCCGCCGUACGCCGCCGAAGAUGUGCGGACGGAGCGGGAGAGGAGGAUGGCAUCGGGCUCCCUGGGACCCCGGGGCUGGACGACUGGAUGAACGAGAAGUCGCACGAGGAGCUGUCCGGGCUGCUCCUCAAGGCGGACGGGAUCAUCAAGUCGCGCGAGACGGGUGCGCCUUCCUCUUCGUCUCGUCGCUCCUCUGAUGUGCUGAACGCGAGCGGCGGUCCUCCUGCGUGUUCGCUCUACUCGGACAACCUCACGCUCAAGACGAAGCACGAGGCCCUGCUCGCCCGCCUGCCGAGCACGAAGAGCCCGCAGAUCUCGCGGCCGUCCUCGCCGCUCCUGCUCGAGCCCCCGAGCCUGCACCAGUCCCCGUCGCUCGGCGCGGUCGCCUUCCCCGCGUCGCCCGACAGCAGCGGCGGCCACAACCCGUUCGCCGCGCUGCGCCGGCGCGCGCGCCGGAUCUCGGUCACGCCCGCGGAGCUCGCGCUGCUCUCGGACCAGAACGCGGAGCUGAUCAACAAGCUCGAGGACCUCGAGGCGGAGUCGCAGAAGGCGGACCACGCCGGCAAGCGCAAGCUACGGAAGCUCGAGCAGGAGAUCCAGGACCUCCGCGACGAGCUCGAGCGUAGCCAGGCGCGCGGCGUGGAGCUCGAGGAGCAGGCCCGAGCCGCGGCGAGCGCGGCGGCGGCGGAGCGGCGGCGGGAGGAGCGCGAGGCGCGGUUGCUCGCGCUCAAGGACCGCGCGACGGGCGUCGCAGCGAGCGAGUCCCUGCCGGAGGGCUUCAGGGACUUUGCGCCGCCGAGCUCGCUGUCGCGGCGGUCGAGCCCGUUCAAGCGCAGCGCGAGCGGGUCGUCGUCGUCGUUCACGGAGAGCGCGUCCGAGCCGUCGUUCGAGCAGGAGUUGAGCCUUGCGGGUCCGGAGGACGAGGAGCCGAACGAGUCUGACCCGUACUUCCCCACCGGUCAGACGAGCCUCUGCGCCUUUCGAGUAUGCUAUUGUUUCGCAGCUACUCUCAAGAUCCGGGAGCUCGAGGAGACCAACGCUCAGAUCCACGAACAGCAAAAGAUCACGGAAGAACGCAUGCGCUCUGCUCAGUGGGACGCCGAAAGUAUUCGCCGGGUGUACGACUGCCUGGAUGAAGGAGACGUCGACCUCGAGAUUCAAGAGGAAGAAGGGCCUCGCACUUUCGGAACGGCCCCGUGUCAAUGGUGGGCACCAUCCGCUUCAGCAGCCUGCGGAGAAAGUACUCUCCGGGAAGGCGCGAAGGGGCAUACCGGACCUAAGUCACGCAAGACACUGGUCGGCUUGUUCGACGCUAGCCCAGACAACAGCUUGAGCUCGUCCAGCUGGGGCCGGUACCCACCCUCUCUCAAGGUGUCUCCCUCUUUCCGCACGGAGUCGUCCUUGGAUAACACCCCUGCAUGGUCUUGCUCCGCCACCGACGGCCUCGCAUUCCCGUCUCCACCUGUCAGCUCGAUGCACGUACCCUUGGAUGGCCUCGGUCGUACUCUAGGCAGCGAACUCGGUAGCGAGUUUGGGGACGACUGGGCGGAGCGUGGCAUCAAUCACCACCUCCGCGCAAGCAGCCUCUGCGACAUCGCCGGGCUGAGCACGUCCGUACCGGCUUCCCCUAGCGAGUCUACGAUGCCGCUUCCACCCAUCGCCUUCCCGACGGUCGAUGAGCACCCUGACGAGUGGGACGAAGAGCAGCUGACGCCUCCCCGCACGCCACAACUCCAGCUCACCGUCCAGCCCCCAACACCGACCCCAGAUAAGGUGCUGCGGAGCUCACCCGCGACUAUACGACAAAUCCGGCUGUCGCAAACGACGACCCUCCGCAACGUCAACAAUCGGCAAGCGGGCUGGAACAAGCGCGAGCUCGAGCACGCCCGUGCCUUCAAGACCGACCACUCCGGGCUGCUUGGGGAGACGUUCGACCAUGCCGUGGGCCAGAUCAAGCGUGUCGCAAGCCGCAGUCGCUUUUCACCCCUCGGCUUCGCGCUGUCCGACACUACGCUCCAGCUCGAGGACGAGCGGAAGUCAUCGGGGCUCCCCCAUGCGGAUGCGGACGAGUCAACCGAGUCGACGGCGAGCACACGCAGCACGACCGCUCGACCCAUUCGACGGCAACACGACGGCGUGGUCGGCUUCGUGCUGGAAGCAUGGCUCUGGCUCCAGUUUAUUAUCGUCGUCAUGCUCUUCCUCUGGGCCAUGGCUAAGCGCGGGCCCAAGGUCGUGCUCGAGACCGAACGACGCAGCGGGCACCGUGCGUAA